GGCCAGCGAGGCCCCUCGGGGCGGCGGGCUCCCUCCGGAGCGGAGCGAAGCUGUCAAAAAGAGUAGGGGUGGCGCCGGCGGCGGGAGCGCUGCGCAGCUCCGAGGCCCCGGCUCCAGCUCCCCGCUCCGGUCCCCGAGCCCGGCGGCAGCCAUGAACGGCGAGGAGCCAUACUACGCGGCCCCGCACCUUUACAAGGACACCUGCGCCUUCCAGAGGGGCCCGGCGCCCGAGUUCAGCGCCAGCCCCCCCGCGUGCCUGUACAUGGGCCGCCAGCCGCCGCCGCCGCCGCCCCCGUUCCCCGGCGCCCUGGGCGCGCUGGAGCAGGGCAGCCCGCCCGACAUCUCCCCGUACGAGGUGCCCCCGCUCGCGGAGGACCCCACGAUGGCGCACCUCCACCACCACCUCCCCGCCCAGCUCGCGCUCCCGCACCCGCCCGCCGGGCCUUUCCCGGAUGCAGCCGCCCCCGGCGCCCUGGAGGAGCCCGGCCGCGUCCAGCUGCCUUUCCCGUGGAUGAAGUCCACCAAGGCUCACGCGUGGAAAGGCCAGUGGGCAGGCAGCGCCUACGCGGCGGAACCCGAGGAGAACAAGCGGACGCGCACGGCCUACACGCGCGCGCAGCUGCUGGAGCUGGAGAAGGAGUUCCUGUUCAACAAGUACAUCUCCAGGCCGCGCAGGGUAGAGCUGGCCGUCAUGCUGAACUUGACCGAGAGACACAUCAAGAUCUGGUUCCAAAAUCGCCGCAUGAAGUGGAAAAAGGAGGAGGACAAGAAGCGCGGCUGCGGGACGGCCGCCGGGAGCGGCGGGGACACAGAGCCCGAGCAGGACUGCGCGGUGACCUCGGGCGAGGAGCUGCUGGCGCUGCCUCCGCCGCCGCCCCCCGGGGGAGCGGUGCCGCCUGCGGUUCCCGCUGCGGCCCGAGAAGGCCGGUUGCCCCCGGGCCUUAGUGCCUCGCCGCAGCCCUCCAGUGUGGCGCCCCUGCGGCCGCAGGAACACCGGUGAGAAGCUUCCUUGUCAGUGGCACGGACCACUCACAGAGGAGGGAGCGGGCCUGGGGCCCCAGGUGAGGACCACUGGCGCUGGCGGUUU